AUGGGUAUUACUGAUUAUCUUUGUCAACAUUUGCAACAAAAAUCUCAAGACAUCUUGAAUGCUAUGCAAUUAGUUUCUAAUACAAAAUCGCUACUCCAAAAAUUGAGAAAUGAAGAAUGGGAUAAUUUUUUCGAAGAAUUAGUCUCUUUCUGCAAUCAAUUUGAAAUUGACAUUCCAAAUUUGGGUACUCGUUAUGUUCAAGGCCGAGGUCGUUGUCAACGGGAUCACAUUACAGUGAAACAUCAUUAUCAUUUUGACAUAUUCAAUGCUGCUAUAGACGUUCAAUUGCAAGAGCUCGAUAGUAGAUUUGGUGAAAGGAUAAUGGAACUCUUGACACUUAGUUCAGCUUUGGAUCCAAAUUAUGCUUAUAAAUCAUUUAAUAUGAAUGAUAUAUGCACUCUUGCGGAUAAGUACUGUUCUCUUGAUUUUCCUGACCAGGAGAAAAUUAGUUUGAGAUUUCAGUUGAAGCAUUUUGAAGUUGAUAUGCUUAAUCAUCCGAAAUUACAAAGAUUGUCUUUCAUUGCGGAAUUAUGUCAAGGAUUGACAGAGAUAGGAAAAAUCUGA